AUGGACGGCGACGUGACGACGAUCACCGAAGGCCACAAAGCAGGGCUCAUCCGUCGAUUGAACGAAUCAAAUUUGGCGAUGCAGCGUGCGGUGGAGAUGGGCGCGGACGAAGCCAACCGUCGGUUCGACCGAAUGCAGCAGAUCGCCACGUCGCUCCAAGACAGCUUGACGUUUCCGUCUGCAACCAAUGGCCUCCCCAUUGCGAUGGGGCAAGCGCUCCAGUCGACCCAAGAAUCGUUGCGGGAAAUCAAGUCGAUGUGGACUGCGAUGGAACCGGUCUUGGCCAUGGCCGGCGCCAAAUCGGUGUCGCCCACUUUAGUCCUCAACGAAAUGGACGCAAAUCUGGACAUGAUGAUCCAAGUGGAGCAGUCGUGGAGUAGACAACUCGAGAACCUCCAACGCGCUAUCAACGACACCCACGUGGAUGCUGAGCAUCUGCGAGAGGCUGUCAUGGUAUACUCGGGCGACGUCAGUGCGGAAUUGCAGCUGCUCUCGAAUGAAGUGAACCAGUCGACAGGGGACAUUGCGGCAUACUUGAACUGGACGAUUCGAACGGCCCUGUUGCAGCAAAAGCGACGUCCCGAUGGUCUCUACUUCCCCCCGUUGGGCAUGGCAAACUGGACGAACAAGUCGUCCCAUGGCAACAGCUCCACCCCCCAGAGCUAUGGCUUGGACAUCCACCUUGAAGGGAUCGUUCUCACCGUCCCCAUCGACAUGGUGGGUCGUGCCGUCGGGCAUCCGUCGUCGUCCACCGCGACGCCUCCUACCGCCGCCAAGGUCGAUGAGGACGUCGACUUGAGCCCGCAAGUGAACCAGGCCCUUCGCGCAGAAGUGCUGUACUACACCACGACCGGGUUCAUCCAGGCCGCGCGCCUUGCGGCCACCGAUGCCGAGGAUAGCGACAUGCCCAAGCGAGAGCUCCACCUGACCCCGCAGGGCGGCAUGGCGUCGACGACGCUCUUUGUCGACUACUGCCUGGCCACGUUUGCCCGUAUCCGGGCGUUCUACGGCAUAUCCACCGACGCGUACGUGAAGAGCCUGAUGAAAACGACAAAGGAGCGGCUGAGCGAAGGCGCGAGCGGCGCUUUUAUGUUUUUCUCGGAGGACCAGCAGCUGAUCGUCAAGAGUAUGACCUUCGAUGCUACAUCGCCGCUGGACGCGCUGCGGGACGACCGCCGAGAAUCCGACUCGAGCAGCUGA